UAUUUCAUAUUGUCCAAAUAGUUCAUUAAACACACAUUUUCUCAAUCCAUUUGAUGAAAAAACAAACAAACAGGGAAAUAAUUAUUGGCUUUAUUUGUCACACCAUGACUGUGGUCUGUGGCAAAUUUUCAUCUUCACCACUGUAUGUGGAGUCUAGCAGUUAUCUUUGUGACAAACAUAAAGGCUAUUGCGGUGUCUGCGGGCAAAAUUGGUGCUUGAGGGGACUUCUGAACUCCUUUCAGGCUCUUUUACUGGGUCUUGUUUCACUAGUGUGGGCUGUUAUGCAGUGAAAGCAGGUGGGAAGAUGUGAGGUACAUUUCUUCAAAGAAUUUGUUUUGGAAAAAAUAUUUUUUUAAUUGGUUAUGAGCAAAUAUUGUUUAUAUAAAAUAACUUUUUUUUUAAAAAAAAAAAACCCAGUUUCAACCAUAAUGUGAAGUACACAUUUUAUUUUUUUUCCCCCCCUUUUAGUACACAACAGUCAUUUUGUAAAGAAGAUUUCUCAAGCAAUGAUCUACCCAGAACAAACAUAUUUAUGAACUAAACUUGAGAGAUUGAAAUGUACAUCGUCUUAGUGCGACCUGGUAGAUAAAUUGUAAAACAAGUUAUAUAUAUAUAAAACUAAACAAAUAUACAGCCAAAACAAAGUUGUCAGUGUAAGUAAGAUGUGAACUGAACUGGGAACAUGUUUCUCAGGUCUGGCAGAACAGUAGCUGAUUCUAUAAUGAACAGAAUAAAUAAUAACUGAUAGAAGAAGAACUUAUUUCUAUCCAGUCUAUUCACAGAUGAUCCUGCUAAAGUGGGUCCCCCAAUCUCUCCUGAUUCUGGACACUUGCAAGUUCUCACACCUGGAAGUCAAGCAGGUUCCGUUUCUCCCAGGAUGCAUCCAUCUCAAAGGGGCAGCAGCAGCAGAUGGGUGCCUUUGAGGGAGAGCUGGAGACAGAAGCUGGAAGAACGGCUCUCAGCCAACGACCCUGCGUCAGUGUGGAGGGGCCUGCAGGAAAUCACCAGCUACAGACGCCCCGUACCCACUGUUGAAGCAAACAAAGACCUGGCCAACGAGCUAAAUACAUUCUACUGCAGGUUUGAGACGGACAGACUCCCACGCCUCACCCUCCCCUCCCCAGAGACACUGCUUCAGACAAUGACCCCCAACACACCUUCCACUUCUCCCCCUUCACCCUCCCCCUCCCCAAUCCAGUCUCAACGACCACCCCCACCCUCCCCAAUCCAGACCCAACGACCACCACCACCCUCCCCAUUUCAGACUCAACGACGACCAUCACCCUCUCCAAUCCAGACUCAACGACCUCCAUCACACCUCUCACCCCCCUUCCCUCCACCCUGAAACUCAGAAUACACACUGAGGAUGUGAGCCGACUAUUUCAGAAACAGAAGCCCAGGAAAGCCCCCGGACCAGACGGUGUCUCACCCUCCUGCCUCAAGACCUGUGCUGAACAGCUGGCUCCCAUCUUUACUCGCAUCUUCAACAGAUCCCUGGAACUGUGUGAAGUUCCCUCCUGUUUCAAACGCUCCACCAUCAUCCCUGUUCCCAAGAAACCCACCAUCACAGGACUGAAUGACUACAGACCUGUUGCCUUGACGUCUGUGGUCAUGAAAUCCUUUGAACGACUGGUGUUAGC